UCUAUUGCCGCUAAUUUAAAAGUGAAAGUAAAAUGUGCACUGCGCAUUUACAAGGUAUUUAAAAGCGAAGGAAAGCGAGUGAAACGAGGGAAAUUUUAGUUGUCCAAUUUUCUGAUGUAACCAAACAGUUAACUUGCAAAAGCGGGAAAAUAACGAGUUGAGAAUUGUUGAGAAGUUUAGAGUCAUGAGUGCGACUAAACUCCGCCUAUGCCUUAUCCUGGUAUUCAUUUUCAACUCAGUUUCAAGACUAUAACGUGAACAGGUCAACAGCUACAACGUAAGAAUAUCAUCGCCUAAAGCGAAGAGUUUCGUUUUUUCUGCUGUGUCGUUUGAUUGGAGGAAAGAGCAGCUUGAUGUUACGCGUUCGGCUCUGGAUGUAAAAUACUAAAGCAGCGUUUCAUUUUUUCUUAAGAGAGAAACGUGAAUGCGAAAGGCAAAGAUGUAUUCAGCUGUUGGGGCUCCCAGAACUGGCAACGCCCCUCUCACUUCUAAAUUAACAGAAGAGGUAAGGAAACAGCUCUGUGACUUGCUGGGGAACCUGGAACUGUCUCUUCUCUACAAAGCUUCAGUCCAUGGAUAUCAAGCUUCUGCUUUCCAUCAGCAGUGUGACAAUCAGGGUCCCACUUUACUUGUAGCCUACAACCGUUCAGGCUACAUCUUUGGUGGAUACACUAGUGUAGAUUAUGCUCAAAGUGGGCAGCAAAUUAUAGAUGAUCAGGCUUUCCUGUUCAGUGUUCAUGGUGAUAAAUCCCCUCUCUGCAUCAAAAUUAACAGUGGAUGUUAUGCACGCUCUGAUGAUGCUGGAGUGCCCAACUUUGGCCAACAGUUGUACUUUUGCUACAACAACCAUCCAGUUGUGAAAAAUAUACUUAAGUUUAAAUCGAGAGCAUUCAAUUUUAACCCUGACACGCUAUACGGGAAUGACACUUGGCUGAGUGAGUGUGAGGUGUACAAAGUUGAACAGCGAAGUACUCUGUUAGACCCUCAGGUUAGUGCAGAGGAGAAGCCAUGGAGGAAUAUUCUGUGGACAGCUGAACGAAAAGACAAGCUCAUGGAAAUGAUCAGGAAUCACAAACCCGUGGUGACGUCUGUCAGCCGUGUUCGAAUCGUUAUGAUUGGUCCUGUAGGUGCUGGAAAAUCCAGUUUCUUCAACUCCAUCAACUCCAUCUUCAUGGGCCGCAUUACCAGCAAAGCCAUGUCAGGAUCUGCAGGCACUAGUGUCACCACACAGUUUCGGACAUAUCCAAUAAAAGACGGUCGUGAGGGAAAGCUGUUGCCAUUUGUGUUGUGUGACACCAUGGGACUGGAGGAGCAAUCAGGUGCAGGACUGGAUAUUGAGGACAUCAGCAGCAUUCUUCAAGGCCACGUACCAGACCGCUAUAAAUUCAACCCCACUGCACCGUUUCAACCUCAUGAGCAAAAGGCCUCCAAACCUGCAUCUCUAAAGGAGAAGAUCCACUGUGUGGUGUACGUGAUAGACGCCACCAAAAUCUCCCUCAUGUCUGACAAACUACAGGAAAAACUUGCUUCUAUACGCAAAAAGGUGAACUCACUGGGCAUUGCUCAGAUCGUCUUGAUGACAAAAGUAGAUGAAGCAUGCCCUCUAGUGGAGAAGGACCUUCAAAGCCUUUAUGUCAGUUCCUAUAUCAAGUCAAAGGUUCAGGAGGUGAGCUCUCGGUUGGGUGUGCCGGUGUCUUGUGUGUUACCGGUGAAGAACUACAGUCAGGAGCUGGAGCUGGAGCUCAACUGUGACGUCCUGCUGCUCACCGCUCUACAGCAGAUGCUCAACUUCGCAGACGACUAUCUGGAUGAUGUUGGUCCCGUGGAGGAUUAAGUUUUUUAACAUGCUUUUCACAGAGCUGUUCCCCAGUUUCUGCUGAGAUGAGGCCAGAUUGUUACAUUGUCUUUGAAUAGGAUAUAGGUGGCUUAGCUCUGCACAAUAAUGUAUCUUGAGUUAGAAAAAUGGUGUAUUGCUUGUAUUACAUUUAUUUAUUGUGGCUAAUGCAAGAAUGUUUGUAAGAUCAGUAUCUAUUAACGUUUACAGUAUAAUAUGUGACCCUAGACCACAAAAGCAGUCAGAAGUAGCACAGGUAUAUUUGUAGCAAUAGCCAACAAUACAUUGUAUGGGUCAAAAUUAUCGAUAUCGAUAAAAGAGCUAUUAAAAUCAAUUCUGUAUGGCUUGCUGAUUGCAAUUAAAUGUUAUGACAUGA